UACCCAUCUCCCCAUUUUAUCAGUCACCUCAAUCCUUCUCCUUUUUUACUUUUUUGAAAAUUUCUCUUAAAUUAUUGAAACUUUUCAGCUUCUCAAGGGCCAAAACCAUCCAUUCUCCGCCCCCUGUUUCCGUUUUUUGGGGUGUUUGUUUCUCGUUAAAAUCUUUUGCAAGAAAAAUUUUCUGGGUAUUUUUCGUUGAUUGAUUUGAAAAUAUGGCUAGUGCUUCUGUUGGAAUGAUUGGAGGCAAUGGUUGUGUUGGAUCUUCAUCUGCUUGGUUUCAGAUCAAGAACAGAAGAAAAAAGAAUAAUCAUAUGGGGAGAGAAAGAACCAGAUCUUUCCGUGUUUCUUCAUCUUCAUCUUCUGUGAUGGAUCCCUAUAAGACUCUCAGGAUCCAGCCUGGUGCCUCUGAAUCUGAGGUCAAGAAAGCUUUCAGGCAGCUUGCUUUGCAGUAUCAUCCCGAUGUAUGCAGAGAAAGCAAUUGCAAUGUGCAGUUCACUAGGAUUAAUGAAGCCUAUGAUAUUGUGCUGAGUAAUUUAAGAGGGGAAGCGAAUGGAUCACAAAUGUACGCAUCACAUGAGCCAUAUGAUGAAGGAAUAGAUGAGCCAAUGAGAGGAAUGGACGAUCCAGAUUGGGACAUGUGGGAAGAGUGGAUGGGAUGGGAAGGGGCUGGAAUCAGGGACUACACAUCCCAUAUUAACCCUUACAUUUGAAACAUGAAAUUGUAAAUGAGAUAUUAUCAUGUAAAUUAAUUACUAGUUAAAUCCGGCCCCACAAACUUGCACAUAUUAAUUUGAGCAACCUUAUUUAAAAGAAAAGGUUGUCUCUUUGUAUAGUAGGGCCAAUUACUAUUAAUCUAUCAUGCGGGAUUUGGCCAUUUAUAUUUA